AUGACCACUCGGUUCAAGAAGAGCCGCAAGAUGCACGCUCACCGCAAGAGGGGCCACGGCCGCAUCGGCAAGCACCGCAAGCAUCCGGGUGGUUGCGGAAACUCGGGUGGCCAGCACCAUCACCGAAUCAACUUUGACAAGUACCAUCCUGGGUACUUCGGAAAGGUGGGUAUGCGCAAUUUCCACCUCAUCAAGCAUGGCAAGGUCAUUCCGACCAUCAACGUCGAGCGACUGUGGUCGCUGGUUUCAGAGCAGACGAGGUUAUUCUACAAGGACAAGACUGACAAGGCCCCCGUCAUCGACGUCAUGAAGGCCGGGUACAUGAAGGUGCUGGGCAAGGGCCAGCUUCCCGAGCAGCCGAUGAUUGUGAAGGCGCGCUACUUCACCAAGGAGGCCGAGGAGAAGAUUAAAGCUGCUGGUCGCUUGCCUGCAGCUGAGCAAGCGAUUAUGUUAGACAGGCCCGACAUGAACAUCAGGGAAAACAGAUUUUUAGAGAUCUUGAAGCUGCGCAUGCUGCCUUUGCAGGCGGUGUUUGCGUGCUGUGCGCCUGACAUGUGA